ACAAUAAGUUAAUAUAAUUGUAUAAUUAAUAUGGAGGAAACGCCCUUAUCACAUCAUAAACGUCUGGCGUAUUGUACAACACGGCUGCAAUAUAGGCAAGGACGCGAACUUAAAGCUGUGAAGGUUUAUACGGUUGCCAGUGAGUCGCGGCAUAUAUUAAUUUUUGGUGUGCCAAAAGUCAAUCUACACUCUGAAAUAAAGAAUAAACUGCAACAAUUCGGGAAACUGCGCUCCUUCAGCUGUGUUACCAGCGAAAUGGCAGGACGAAUUGAAUUGGAGGCCUUUACAGACGUCUAUGCGGCACAAUUUGAGCGUCUGGAGCACGCCCGUCGUGCGAAACGCCAACUGGAUGCAAAACAGUUUUUUGGAGGAAUUUUGCACAUUUCCUAUGCACCCGAAAGAGAGAAUUCCCAAGAGUUGCGGGAGAAGCUGCUGCAGAGGCGUAAAGAGAUCACCCAACGAUUGCAGCGCAAUCGAUCAGAACAAUCACAUUGAAAUUGUUUAAAUUAUAAUUUGUGG